GAGAAACUCAGAUAAUCCAGCAGAUAAAUGUACAGUUCGGUGUCACAUCCGAACUCGUUUUCCAGGGGAAAGGCACGGUGAACAUAAUUGAAGAAAUACCCUGAAUAGGUUUGAGUUGAAUGAGAAAAUGGCAAGUGAAGAGAGGAGGACAAAAUACCUAUCAGGAGCCAUUAUUCUGCUUACAUUUGCAUGCUUUGUGAAAACUUUACAGUUUAGCCACAUAGAUGAGCCACACCAUCACGUGAUAAAAAGAAGAGCAGUGUUUUCUACAGUAACACCACCACAAACAGGUAUUGAAAUGUCAAUGACAAUUGAUAAACCUUUCGAUACCAGUCUUACAAAUCCUGAUGACAAUAAUUACAAAGAUUAUGUCAAAAAAAUCCAAGACGCAGUUCAAGAAACUUACCAUAGUUUGGAUAACCACAAUAACGCUUCAGUAAACAUCACCGGCUUCAGACCUGGUAGCACCAUUGCAGAUGGCACGGUUACUGUAACCAACAUCUAUCUGGAUUUUUUCUCAGUAAUCACAAACCUUUCCAACAUUCUCUUAAGUAAAGGAAUCCCUGUUGCUCCCAAUGGUUUUGCGAUAUCCGAACAAAAGACCCUGAUAAGUACAUCAGGUAAAUUUUAUCCUCAGCAAAAGUUGGAGCUGAAAUGUCCACGGUCUGUUUACGGAAACAUAACAUGGAAAGUGAAUGAAAAAGAUCCAGACAGCACAAAAUAUACCAUUUCAAGUGACACACUUACUUUGAACAGUGCUGCCUACAGUGACAACGGUAGAUACUCGUGCAUCACACAAACCAGUUUUAUACCGUACAUUCAGUGGCAAAAUAUUGUUAUCGAACAACAACCCAGGAUCACAGUGGGUGAAGAUAAACGUGUUUUUCCAUGUGAUGGAAGGACUGUUCAGUUAACAUGCUAUGUUAAUGCGGGCUACAGUGUUGAGUGGGUCCUGAAUGGCAUUGUGCAAGCAUCAGAAAUCGGAUCAGAUUUUAUCACAGUAAACCAUACAAUUAAAAAGGAAAGUUGUGGGGAAGUUAUCUAUACCUGUCGACUCAAGGGUUUACAGCAACUACUUGAUUACAGUUACAGCGCGAGGAAUGUCUUGGUAAACACAAGCACGGAAGAUUUUACCUGUCAAGAUAACGCACUUGGAAUUGGAAAAACAAAUGAUAGGACUAAAGGACUGUGUGAGAGUGGCAAGGAAGGAAGCAUAACGUAUAAAUGCAUAUCAAAGGUUUGGGAAAUAGAACAGGAUGACUGUGUGUUAAAAGUAAUCAAAGAUCUUGAAAGCAGAGUGCAGGGCUUACUUGUGACUGCUAUUCCAGAGUUUAUGGAAAACCUCACUAAUGCAGUUAAUCAGAAUAAUGCCAAUGUAACCCAAUCUGCUGCGACGAUCAAAAUAAUUGUAGAGAUCCUCUCUAACAUUGCUGAUUUGUCAAAAAACAUUACCCACAAUAAACCUGUUAUGGAGAGUUUUUUAAACACAGUGGACAUCAUCGUGUCAGAUAAUUCCAGUAAAACUUGGAGUGAUUUGAACAAUAAAAACACGACAGGAAACACCAGCGUUAAACUUCUGCAAGCUAUUGAGAAUAUAAGUGAUCGACUCUCAGAUGUGUUUGCAAUUAAUCUGUCAUCUAUUCAGUUGAAUAGAAAUACAUUUAAAAACUCAUUCAACCAAACUUCUCAACUACCAAACUCAACGACUCAGAUUGUCAUACCAGAUUUUUCUAAUCCAAUUUUCAUAACUGUUAUAUUCUUUUCAAAGCUUAAUGAUGUCCUUCCUACUCGUAACAGUUCUAAUAAUGACAACAGGACAUCAGAAAACCGCGUUAAUGGAGACGUGGUUGUGGUUAAAGUUAAUGAAACAAUAAAAAAUAUUACGUUUGCUUUCGACAUUACAAAUACAUCAUUGGGAAAUCCUCAGUGUGUCUUUUGGAACUUUUAUCUCGACCGAUGGGAUUCAACUGGAUGUAAAGUCAAGAUAACAGGGAAUGAAGGGAGCAAGGUUACAUGUGAAUGCAACCACACAACCUCUUUUUCAAUUCUGAUGUCACCGUUUGCAAUUACAGACAUAGUGAAAAGCACAGCCUUAGCCUAUAUAACAUACAUCGGUGUUGCUAUUUCAAUGGCCAGCUUGGUUCUGUGUCUCAUCAUCGAGAUAAUUGUAUGGAAGUCAGUGACACAAAAUGACACGGCAUACAUGCGACACGUCUCAAUAGUCAACAUCGCUGUGUCUCUGCUGAUUGCAAACAUCUGUUUCAUCAUUGGAGCUGCAAUCGCAGAUCAAGACAUAAAACAAGGGCUGAUGAUCUCAGUUGCUCGCUGCAGUCCAGUGGUUUUCUUCAUGCACUUUUUUUACCUUGCUCUCUUCUUCUGGAUGCUCAUUUCAGCACUUUUGCUUCUUUACCGCACUGUCAUGGUUCUGUCUCAGAUGUCAAGGACUAAAAUGAUGAUCAUUGCCUUCACAGUUGGUUAUGGUGCACCUUUGCUCAUAGCGGUUAUUACUGUUGCCUCCACAGCUGGAGCCGAAAACUAUGUUUCAAAAGAAAAUGCAUGUUGGCUGAACUGGACUGAAUCUAAAGCCCUGCUGGCAUUUGUGAUUCCAGCUCUGGCUAUUGUCGCCUUUAACAUCGUUGUUGUGGUUGUAGCUUUGUUUAAGCUGUUAAGAAGAGGGGUUGGUGCCACAACUCAGCCAGAUGACAGACAUGUUUUUGUAAUCAUUGUCCGAUGUGUGGCCAUUCUCACGCCUAUCUUUGGUCUUACAUGGGGAUUUGGGAUUGGAACCAUGGUGUCACCUGACUUUGGUAUUCAUGUGGUUUUUGCAAUCCUCAAUUCAUUUCAGGGGUUCUUUGUGUUGGUGUUUGGAGUUAUUUUAGACAACAAGGUUUGUGAUGCUUUGUUAAAACGGCUGUCACUCAACAACCUUAGUUCCACACCUACCAAGAGCACUACUGCAGGCACGUCUUCAACUCAACAGGGUGUACCGCAAAGGACGUAGAUCGAAAUUUCUUCAACAUAUUUACUCACAGCACAACUACAUCCUCAUCUGCUGUCAUCCAAAUAUUCUGUUUCUGGAAGAAAACGUUUUGAUGGUUUGAAGAAAUUACACAAAAUAUGAAGUAAAACAUGAGGUCUAAUAAAUAUAACAAUUGAACUGUAAUGUAUAUGAUUUCUGUUAGUGGUUAUGGUAUAUGGUAUAGAAUAUGUGGUAUGUUUGGAAGCACUUUGAUUUUGGGCUAGUUGUUACACUUAACUGAAUGUUUUUAGGGUUGAUUUAUUUUUGAAAUGUUACAGUUUCUUUUUCAAUUACAAAAUUGAUUUGUGUUAAUUUUUUGCUGAUUUUAUGUAAUCAUGUGAUGUAUUUUCUAAUGGCUUUUUACAAAAAAAUCUAAUGGUAUUGAAGUAUAUCCUCUAAUAUUUAGAUUUUUUAAUCAAUUGAUCAAACAGGAAAUUGGUUUUGAAUAUAAUCAGUUAUAUAGACAUUUGACAAUGAAUUUGUAAUGUAAUAAAAUGUAUUUGACAUUUUAA